CAACUCGUUCAGCUCGUCGGCCGAAAAUUUAUCGAAGCCUUUCGUGUGAAUUUAGUGGUGUUUUGUGAAACUGAUGCUUUUCCACAAAUAGGACCAAUUCCGUAUGGUGCCGGAAUAGUGAUGUAAAUGUUGUCCGGAUUGUGGAGGUGACUGUUUUUUCUGGUUUUUGCUUUCGGAACCCGCCUCGCUUUGUUCGGGGCGCAGGACUAUCGUUGUGUGUUUGUUGUGUCGUCGCGUUGAUCGCAGCUUGGUGUGUAGGUGCACCUGUUCGGGAUUGUUGAUACAGUGCUUUUGACUCCGAUCGAAGCCCCGGUGGUAGAUAGAUACGGCUGCCACCCAGCUGAUCAUCGGGAAGCAUGUUUGUGGAAGAUUUACGGAAGGAUUUCUACGAGCGGCUGAUCGGCAAGCGGGUCCUGGUGAUCGUGAACUACGAUGUGGAUGCCAUCUGUACCAGCAAGAUCCUGCAGGCACUGUUCAAGUAUGACAACAUGGUGUACUCCAUUGUGCCCAUCAUGGGCUGCAGCGGGAUGGUGAGGGCGUACAACGAGAACAAAGACGACGUCAAGUUUGUGCUGUUCGUGAAUUGUGCGGGAUGUAUCGAUAUUUUGGAACUUCUGCAACCGGACGAGGACAUGACGUUCUUUGUAUUGGACUCACACCGGCCGUACGAUAUUUGCAAUAUUUAUAGUGAAUCACAGGUUCAGAUACUAGGCGCACCGAAAAAGGACGAAGAGAACAUCCCAGACUAUGAGCAGAUUUUUCAAGAUUCUGACGAAGAGGACGAAGACGAUGACGACGACGGUGCAGAGGAUAAUAGCGAUGAAGACGACGAGCAACGGGGCUCGCGCGAAAUGAACCGAAUCCAACGUAUCGAACAGCAACUGCUGAAACGUCGCCAGAGACGCGAAUGGGAAGAACGACGGAACAAGCUCAUGUUCGAGUACACCCAGUUCAACUACUACGGGAGGAGUUCGGCGUUGACCAUUUUCGAGCUGGCUUGGCGCUUGUCGAAGGAUUCGAUCGAUCUGCUCUGGUGGGCCAUUGUCGGACUGACGGAACAGUUGCUGAUGGGGAAAAUUGAAAGUGCGAGUUAUACGCUGGCAACGGAGAGCGUCCAGUCGCACGUGUCUCGUUUGACUAAUAAAGCAAGCGAUCAGACGAUUCAAACUUCCGUGAAGAUACACUACGAAAACGAUCUCCACUUGGCCCUGUAUAGGCAUUGGAGCGUUUUGGAUUCGUUGAAGUACUCGAUCUAUCCGGCGUGCAAGAUGAAACUGUGGACCUACAAGGGUGAGAAGGUCAUGCACGAGUUGCUGGUCGAUAUGGGACUACCACUGGUGCAGGCCAAGCAGACAUUCAACGCCAUGGAGCUGGAACUGCGGCGAGAGUUCUACGACAAGAUGGAGAAGUUUUCCGAAAAGUAUCAUCUUCCGGAUAUAAUUUACGGUUCGUUUGUCCUUCAGUACGGCUACCGGAACCGGUACUCCGCCGCGGAUUAUGUCUACUCGAUGUUGGCCAUUCUGGAAUCGAUCAAGAAAGAUCGCACUCCGGAAACGUGCUUUCUGGAAUCGAUGGACGCACUCUCCCGCAGCAAUAAGGACAUCCUGGACCACGGCAUCGACAUGUGCAAGACCCUGCUGGCGGCCAUCUUCAAGCAGGUUCAAAGCUCCCUGGAGAUGCACGCCGUCUAUUCGGCCGGCCCCUUUCUAUACUUCAUCCUGCAAGAGGAAAUCUCCUUCUUCACGUGUCCGUACGGGCUGAUGAUGUUGUCCCGGUUUCUUUUGAAUGGCCACGUGGCUGUUUCGCGGAAUCGCCGGGCGCGGGAACUGCCCCUGAUAGCGGUGGCCCCCAUCGAUGCCGCCCGGGGAUAUUCGCUGCUGGUCGGUGUUCCACCCGUGUGCGAAGACAGUAAAAACUUUUUCUGUCGGGCUUUCGAGCAGGCGGCCCUGAAAAGUGGUGCCACCAUCUCGCAGGACUGCUUCGAACCGACGGUCAUUCAGAUACGGCACGCGGACUGCACCAAGUUCCUCGACGCACUGACGGUUUUGCUAGGUUAGGUUUGAUGUCGAACGCGUUUUUUUUUUUUCGUUGUUGUUUAAGUUCGUGUAAGUUUUGGAUUACGCUUUAGAGUAGUUUUACUGUAGGUUUACUUUUACACCUGACUCACAAUAUUUACCGAUAAGCUGAGGAACCCGACAUUAUAUGAUGAGAGCAGAUUGCAAAUU